GCAGAGGUAAUAAUGAACAAUUUUUGUCUUCAACAAUGAUCGAUAUGGAAUUGGUGAAUCUUUAUGAACCUUGGCGAAAUACUCAAUUCAUGAUUGAUAAUUCUACGUUACAUUAUAAUCCAGAUGAAUGUGCGGUAACCAUAGUCGCACGUAAACAGAUUACAUUUACAAAACUUCUUGGAAGCGGCUCAUUCGGAAAGAUGUUUCAAGGAAAUGUGAAGAACUUAGAAAGAUCAGGCACAGAGAUAUCCGUUGCAAUAAAAACGCUUCGGAAAGAUGCUUCUUCCCAUCAGAAAAAGAAUUUGUUAGAGGAAGCCAAGCUUAUGAAUCAUUUUCGACACAAACAUAUAUUAAGGUUGUUGGCCGUUUGCUUAGAUGGAGAUUCUCCGUUAUUAGUGUUGGAAUUGAUCGAAACAGAUCUGUUACAAUAUUUAAGAGAUUGUCGAAAUUUGGAAGCGUCAGAUUCGCCUGCUCUGCGUUUGCAGGAUUUACUCGCCAUGUGCGAAGAUGUUGCGCGAGGUUGUUGCUACUUGGAAGAGUUGCGUUUCGUACAUCGAGAUCUAGCGUGUCGCAAUUGUUUAGUAUCUUCGAGAAAUCGAGAGAAUCGUGUCAUCAAAAUUGGAGAUUUUGGACUAGCUAGAGAUAUCUACAAAGAUAAUUAUUAUCGCAUGAAAGGAGAACAUUAUUUUCCUAUUCGCUGGAUGGCACCCGAAUCUUUGAUGAUUGAAAUAUUUACUUCUCAAAGCGAUGUUUGGUCAUUUGGGGUAUUAAUGUGGGAAAUUACAUCGUUGGGUGAGAAACCUUAUGGACAAGAAUGAUAAAGAAGUGAUAUAUUAUGUACGUGUUGGAAACAGGUUGCCGAUGACUCUUAACUGUCCGUCACCAUUGUAUCAGUUGAUGCUACGUUGCUGGAGUGCAGCGGAUGCUAGACCAAAUUUCAAAUUUUGUCUGGAAAAUAUUAUAGCAUUAAGAAAGAACAUGGAAGAUGCCUUACUGAGUCCAGUCGAUACUAUUUAGAAAUAAUUAAAUUAAUAUUUAUCUUAUUUUCCAAACGAUUCAAUAA